AUGUUGUUUCGCGAGGUGACACCUCUUCGAUGGCGACAAUUUGUGACUUUUUUGCUUGGUUGGAUUUCUUAUGCCUCCACUUAUUUCUUGAGAAAACCCCUGGGAGUGGUAAAAACUGAUCUUGAGGUCAUCCUGAAGAUAUCCAAAACACAGUUAGGCUGGCUUGACACAGCUCUUCUUUUGCCUUAUGCAGUCAUGCAGAUUCUUCUUGGUUCCAUCGGAGAUAAAAUUGGUGCUAGGAAAACACUUGGAAUCUGUUUGAUUUUAUCAGGCCUCUCAAUGGUCAGUUUUGGAUUCUGGAGUAAUUUUUAUGUGUUUGCUUUUCUACUCUUCAUCAAUGGUGCCGCCCAGGCUCAGUGCUGGCCAAAUUGUGUGAAGAUUCUUGGAGAAUGGUUUCCUGACCGUGUACGGAACAGUGUCUUUGGGAUUUUUGGUACCUGUGCAUUUGGAGGAGGAAUAAUGGGGACUGCUCUGGCUGUGAUUCUUCAAACCAACUAUGGCUGGAGAAAUGUUUUUGCCCUACCCUCAUCGUUGGUGGUUCUGAUGGGUUUUGCCGUUUUGCUUCAAUUUAAACAACCUACAGAAUUAAACAUAGAAGUCCCUGGAAAAGAAUCUUCUAAAAGUGUUCCAGGAUCAGAAUCCAAACUGAAUUAUUUCCAAUUGAUGAAGAUUCCGAUGAUGAUGGAGGUUGCACUAGCUGUUUUCUGCCUGAAGGUUGUCCGAUACAGCAUGUACAUGUGGCUACCAAUGUUUCUUUAUAAUGAGCUGAAGUAUACCAAAAACCAGGCUGGUUUAUUUUCUACUACUUUUGAAAUUGGAGGAGUCCUCGGAAGUUUUGGAAUUGGCUUUGUCAUGGACAGAUAUUUUUCCAAGUGUCCGCUCUUGGGAACAACCUUGUCCGCUUUCCUGAGUGGCAUCACUCUUGUACUGUUCAACUUGACAAGUCAUUGGGGAAUAUUCUUUAAUAAUUUCUUCAUGCUCCUUGCUGGUGCUUUCAAUUGUGGCCCAGAUUCAAUUCUUGGUGCUGCAGUCCCUUCCAAAAUUGGUGCUCAAGAUGGUCGCAAUGCUGCUGCUGCUGCUGUAGGUUUUGUCAAUGGAUUUGGCAGCCUUGGUACAGUUUUGGAAGGACCAAUUAUUGGUUUGGUUUCAACAAUGUACGGUUGGUCUGGAAUGUUCUACUUAAUGAUUGGUUUAUCACUUUUUGGCUCCACAAUGGUCUUGAAAGCAGCCCACACCCAGAAGUCACAAGAGAAAAAUGCUAUUUUUCAAGAAGUAUAG